UUCGAUCAAUUGCAAAAAUAUUUACCCAAAAAAAUUAAAUGCAAAAGCGUUUUCUCGGGAUUUAUUUGGAUUAAUUGACAGUUUUUCAGUUGACAAAUUAAGUGAAUUAAGAUCUGUGACAGGCCAAUCAGUGCAAUUCGUUGGAAGAAAAAUGAAAACUAUAGUAUUUAUUUGGUUUUGCCUGCUGAGUGGUAUAAGAAGUAACCCAGAGUUAGAGAAAAUGCCGGAAAAACAAGUGGCACCUGUUAUUAAUAACCUGGAGGAAUUCCAGCAGAAUUUACCCGGUUAUCUCAACACCAGCAACAAGGUAGCUGUGCUCCUGGAUUACGAUGGAACUCUGGCUCCCAUUGCUGAUAAUCCUUCCAAGACCAAAAUGCCUGUGGAACUGGAAGCCAUUCUCCGCAAAAUAGCCAAGCAUCCCGAAGUCUUCUUAGCUGUUAUCUCCGGACGUGGCCUAAAAGAUGUCCAGAAACAGGUGAACAUCGAAGGCAUUACAUAUGCUGGCAAUCAUGGUCUGGAAAUUGAGUAUCCCGAUGGCUCCAGACACGACUACGAACUACCCACAGAGAUCCAGAAGAAUUACACAAAUAUGGUUAAAGAACUCAAAGAAAAGGUGGAGAAAAAUGGAGCUUGGGUUGAGGAUAAGCGAGUCUCUCUCACCUAUCACUACAGAGAUACUCCUGUAGAACUCAAGGAUGAACAGAAGGUAUUGGCGGCAGAGAUAUGUAAAAAGUAUGGCUUUAGGCCAAAUCAGGCUCAUGAAGCUAUAGAGGCUAAGCCUCCAGUAAACUGGAACAAAGGAGAGGCAGCUUUAUAUAUCCUGAAGCAAAAAUUCGGCGAGAAUUGGGCACAGGAAGUGAGUGUGGUAUUUGCUGGAGAUGAUACCACCGAUGAAGAUGCCAUGAGGGUUCUCAGAGGCUUGGGUCGCUCUUUUAGAAUUGCUUCGGAUGCUCAGAUCCAGACUUUUGCCGAUUUCCGUUUGCCCAAACAGGCUGUGAUGACUGAUCUACUAAAAUGGAUAGCUGGAGUUUAUGUAUCCUAAUUUUAAGAAUUUUGUAUGCCUGAUUUAAAUUUAUUUUAACUAAAAAAAAAUAAUUUAAAGUCCUAUAUUUAAUUAAAAGAAAUAAUCUUUAUUUUUACUAAAAAAAACUAUUUGAAGUGCUAUAUUUA